AUGCUUGGCGAUAUGUUUGAUACUCCUGAGGAUAUCCUCGGAGGUGUUUCAAAUGCAUAGAUUUUGAAUGUCUAAUAAAGAAGACCUAAAAAUUGCGCUAGUUUUAUGGAGUUACCUUAACUUAGAAGAGAAGAAAACGGAUUUGUAGGAUUGAAAAACCAAGGAGCAACUUGUUAUUUAAAUAGCUUAAUUCAAUCGUUGUUUAUGUCUCCAGAAUUUAGAAAUGCGAUCUAUUAGUUACCUUUAUGUGAUGAAGACAUUAGCAAAAAAAGUGGUUUUGUUGAUUCGCAAAGCAAAUAAAAAUUAUUGUUAGGAUUUUAAAAGCUAUUUGGUUAAAUGCAAAGUUUAGAUAUAUCAAGCAUCAGUACUGAGGAGUUGACUUCUAGCUUUGGAUGGGAAGCAAAUUAAAGUUUCUAGCAAUAAGAUAUUUAGGAAGCCAAUAGAGUUAUAUUCGAUGUAUUAGAAAGAGCCUUAUUUGGAACUGCUGUUUAAAUAGAUCCUACCUCUUUUUAUAAAGGAACUAUUGUCAAUCAUAUAACAUGCACUGAAUGCUAAGUUCCAAGAGAAAGAGAAGAAAACUUUUACGACUUAAUGCUUUAAGUAGAAAAUAUUUCUUGUGUUGAAGAAAGUUUUAUGGCUUUUAUCACCCCAGAGUUGCUUAAUGAAAGCAACUAAUUGUUUUGUGAAAUAUGCAACAAGAAGUGUGAUACUCUUAAAGGCUAAAAAAUAAGAAAGUUUCCAGAUAUUUUAACUUUGAGUUUGAAUAGAUUUACUUUUGAUUAUGAUAAACUUGAAAGAGUUAAGUUAAAUUAAAAAUAUGAAUUUGGGCUAGAGUUUAACAUAGCUCCAUUUCUUGAAAACUCUGACAUUGAUGACAGCAGUGAUGAAUACAAUUACGAGCUGUUUACUGUUCUUAUUCACAGAGGAAGUGCUCAUGGAGGUCACUACCAUACAUAUAUCAGAGACUUCUUAGGAGAAGGAAAUUGGGAAGAAAAAAUGAAGCAGUACAGUUAAGAAAGAGAGAAAAGAGAGUAAGAAUAAAAGGAAAAGUUAGAAUAGUAGCAAUAGGAGGAGCUAGAGAAAAAAUAGAAAGAAGAGCAGAUUAAGCAGUAAAAAUAGAUUGAAUAGCAAGAAUAACAAAAGAAGGAUUAAGAUGAAGAAUUAUAAGAUGUAGAUGAGUCAAAUUUGAGUGCUUAAGAAAAGAAAGAUCUUAAAAAGAAGCAAAAAUAAUAAAAAAAGCAGUAAAAUUAGAAAAGUUAGCCUAUUAAAAAUGAUAAAAAAAAGCAAAAUGAAGAAAAGUAAAAUGAAAAGAAAAAAAAUUUUGUAGCAGAGGAAUAUGAAUUUGAUGAUUAAGAUUUCCCUAGAAUGUUCACAAAUAGUGAUCUUGCUAAAAAUUGGUAUAACUUUAACGACUCAUAAGUAAAGUCCAUCAAUGUAAACAGAUUGUAAAAGUAGUAUGGUGGUUCUGGAAGUGAAAAUGCUUAUAUUUUGAUUUACAGAAAAAAAACUCUUGCUAAAAAUAUUCCAAAUCCAAGUCUCCCUAAAUACAUAGAAAAGCUGAUUUAAGAAGAAAACUAAAAAUUAUAAUAGGAGAGAUAAAUUUAUGAAGAAGCUUCGAGACACAUCGAAGUCUAUGUUGAUUCUCAUGCAGUUUUCUAAGAUAUUUCAUAUACUUACAUCAAUGGAUAUGACUUUGAAAAAAGCUCUUAGCUUUUAAGAAUAAAAACAGAUUGCACUUUUAAGCAGUUAAUCUAAAAUAUUUCUGAAACAACUUAAAUUAGUCUUGAAAAUUUAGCUAUCCUAGAACUCUAUGAGCAUCCAAAUAAAUACGUUUAAACUGUUAGACUGAUAGAUGUUUCUAAUUCAGAUUAAACUCUAGAAUAAGCUGAAGUUAGUCAUUUUUCAUGUUGGGUAUACUACGAUAAAUCUAAGCAUUAAGAAAUUCUAGACAGACUGAAACCUCAUAUUGGAUAAGAUCAAAUACCCUUGAAGCUUAAUAUAAUAUGCCCAGGAAAAUCUUUUAGCAUUCUAGCAUUUAGCCAAGAUAAAUUGAUUGAUUUGAAAAUAUAAAUGUAAGAGUUAACUAACAUACCUGAAAAUGAAUAAUACCUUUAAAACGAAGAUUUAUAACAUAUUAACGAUUCCUUAGAAAAAGAAGAAAUGACCCUAAAUUAAUUAAAAAUAUAAAACGAUUACGACAUUAUCAUCAAGCAAAUAGAUCAUAGCCAUUAAUAGGAAAAUCAAUAAAAUCCUAGCCAAUAAGGUAAAACUGCAUAACUCUCUGAAUAUCAAUAAGCCUAACUUUAAGGACUUGUCUCCAUCUUAGUAGAAAACUCUGAUGAACCUGGAGUUAAAAGAUUUUUCAUUGAUUACAAGUAGUUAGAUUUGUAGAAACUCCUUGCUUUUAUUAAAGAAAAAUUUUCUAUUGAGUAAACUUCUUUGAGAAGACUUAGAAAUUUAGAAAAUAAAUAGAUUUACUUCAAGGAUGAAUAUUCUAAAUCACUUGAAGAACUUGGAUUCUAAGAAGGAGGUACCAGACUUCUUUUAGAAAGAGGCGAGAUACCUGUUUCGGGAAAUAUUCCUAUAAAAAUAAAGAACUCAUCUAAACAUAAAGUUGCAGAAACUUAAAAUAUGAUAGAAGUUCUUAUUUAAGAUGAUUAAUCUCUUCAUUAGCUAAAAUGCUAAGCUUGCACAACUCUUAAGUUGGAUCCUGAAUAGCACAAGCUUUACAAGACUGAUUGGAUGGAAGAGCCUAUUUAAUUGAUAACAAAUGAAAACUAGCUCAUCAGAAAUAUGAACUUUAAACAGUAAGAAGUACUCGUUUUAAGAGAUAAUGAAAGCCCAAUAGAUAAAGAAUUUGAAAAAUUCAGCAUUUAUCAUACCAUUAAUGGUAGCUCUGAAGACACAAAAUAUGUUGGAGACCUUAAAAUUAAAAAAGAUGAGCUUAUUUAGGAUCUCAAAAAUACUAUCUUAGCCAUGCCAUAUUUCCUGAAUUUGAAUAAGGAAUCAGGCGAAAAUAAUACUGCAUGUUUAAGAGUAAGAGAUAUGAGAAAAGAUGGUCUUUUUGGAUAAAUCUAUAGAAAGAAUGACAAGAAGAUAUCAGGAUAUAACUAUUCAACAAAUAAUAUUGCUGUUUAAUAACUUUCGAAACCAGAUAAUUUAGAGGAAGAUGAUCUUUCUUUGAUUUUGAGAAAAAGAAAUUGUAAAGCAAAGACAUAUGAAGGAAAUACAGAAUUUAUAUACAAAAGCUCUAAAAAGCCAACAGUUGAUGAACUCAAACAAUAAAUAGGAACUAGUCUUGGAUUAGCCGAUAUGAAUUAAUUUGAAAUAGUUAAAUAUUUCCCAUAUGAGUUCUGCUGGAAAGUGAUUUCAAACAAAGAAUAUGAUAAUCUUAAAGAAACAAAAAAGAAAUAAGAUUAAAAAUCUCAUAAAAAAAACAAAGAUGGUAAAAAAUAAGAAUAAAGCGAAUAGAAAAAGGAUGAUAAAUAGUCAGAUGUAGAAUAAAACUUGAAAAAGGCUCCUUAUUUACUAAAAGAUGGAGACAUUAUUGGGUAUGUUUUACUUGAAGAAAAAGAAGAAAAUGAUGACUACCAAACUGAAAAUGAUUAAAAAAUGAAAUUAUGGUUUGAAGAAGAAAAAAGAUAGAAAAGAUAAAUUUCUACAAGUAAAAGCAAACAGGAAUAGCAUGGAUUUACAAUUAACUUAGAUUUUUGA